AUGACGUCGCCUAUUAAAAAGGUCAUCGUCGUCGGAGCAGGCGGGCAUCUCGGAUCACAUAUCGUGGCUGCUUUCGAUGCCGAUCCGCACUUUGAAAUCUCCAUUCUGAGCCGUCAUUCAUCUAAGUCCACAUUCCCGCCUCAUAUCCCAGUCCACCGUGUCAGCGACAACUACGACGAAACCGAGCUAGUUGCGAUCUUGACCGGACAGGACGCAAUCAUUUGCACGAUCGCCACGGAAGCCGUACACCAGCAAAAGGCCAUAAUAAAUGCAGCUGUCAAGGCCGGCGUGAGACACUUUGUGCCGUCCGAGUUUGGCCACGACACGCGAAACGACCGGGCGGCUGAGCUGUUCCCGCAAUUCUACGCGGCAAAGAGACAGAUAGUGGAGUACUUGAAGAGCAAGGAGGGGGAUGGGCUCAAGUGGACGGCGUUCGUGACGGGGCCGUUCUUCGAGAUAGCAGUAUCCAAUUUCCUCGGAUUCAACAUGGAAAGAAGGCACGCCACGAUCCUUGACAAUGGCAUGAAUCGAUGGUCGGCGACAACUCGCAGUACUAUAGGACUUGCAGUCAAGAAUGCGAUACUGAGUCCGGAAAGGACCUCCAAUAAGUACUUGUUUAUCGAGUCAUUCAAUGUCUCGCAGAGGGACAUUCUCGCUUCUCUGGAAGAUGUGACAGGAGCAAAGUGGGACGUAACUUACCACGAUGCGGAAGAGGAAAAACGGACGGCCUUGGAGAAGCUGGCCAAGGGGAACUUUAGCGGAAUUCCCGCGCUCAUGCGAUAUAUAACGUGUGUCAAGGGGUAUGGUGGGGAUUAUAUGAACGGUGAAGAGAGCGCGAAUAAGCUACUGUCAUUGCCAGCAGAAAGCCUGGAUGGGGUCUUGGCCGGAUUGACAAGGCAUGAAUGA